GAGCCGUUGGUCAGUCAGUCGGGAGUUGUGCAGUCGGAAGCUUGGAACCUGAAAUCGUUGGUCCAGAAAAUUUUGAGGCGGACUUGGAAUAGUAUUCCAAAAAAGUGCUUAUAGUUUUCCAUACCCUUUUAGUAACUCAGAAGCGUGACUUUCGAGACUAGCGGCUGGUUCGAAAGUUUCGAAUACUCAAAAGAAGAAUUGUCCGAAUAUUGCUCUAAAAGGAAAUCAUAAAGACCGCAAGAUGGCACUGGAAACAGAGACGGCGGCGGGAGCGAAAGAUCAGCAUCAGCGCGAUCAUAUCGACGAGGAUGAAGUCAGCGAACUGCAGAAGACGCGCAGCUUUUACGAUCGGGUUCGCGAACAGGCGGAGCGAUUUGCCAGCACGCAAAUUGGCCAAUUUGUGAUCGAACGUGCGGAUCGGGCCUUGGUAAUGAUCGAGGAUACGGCCAAGUGGAGUUUGCCGCAGGAGAAAUCUGCCGCUCCCUUGGAACGCCCUUUGCCUUGGGGUCCUUUUCUGCUGCUCAUCAUCCUGCUGCGACUCACGCGCAUUUGGCUGUCGGUGGGAGCCCUGAUGAUCGGCAAUGGUCCCAUAUCCCCCUCCGACAUGGUCUACUUCAUUCAGACCCGACGCCGCAAGCUGCGAGCCAUCCGAGCCCAUGGCCAGAAGGUCAUAAGGCACCGCCAGCAGGAGGUGUCCUACGGCAGUGGCAAGGGUCUGACCCAGAAGCUCACCCAGUGGUUUUCCCAAGCUAUGUGCCGUCCAGGAGUUCAGCAGGACAAUAGCACUCGGCGGGUGUUUGUGCGCCACUCGGAGCAAGGUCUUACCAACUCACCUGUCGUGAAGCGUCCGCGGGAGGAGGACUCCAAUGCCGAUCCCGAUCAUAACCUAACCAUUGAUCAGAUGCUGGCCAAGUACGCCAACGAGAACUCCGAGGAUGACUCCGACUUUGUGCCCAACGAAGAGGAGGAUGGGAGCAGCAGCAGCACCAGCGAGGACAGCGAUUCCGAGACUCACUCCAGCGAGGGAAUGAGCAGCGACGAUGUGGAGAAGCUUGUCGAGCAGGCCAAGCAGAAACCAGCUGGUGCGGUGGUGGAAAACGGAGUGCACAAGGCCGAGGAGAAGGAGAAUGAUAAGGGCAAACUGAACGUAAAGACAACCAGCAAUGGAAACAACGACAAGGAGCAGGCGGAAGUUGCAGCUGGCCAGCAGGAUGAGCAGUGGAAGUCUUCACCAGGACACAUGAGUGCCGCCAUGAUGAACACCCGGCUCUACAAUAACGCUGCUGCUGCAGCCAGCACUGAGCCCGCACCAAAAGCAGAGCUCGAAACCGAUCCUGAACCCCCAACCGAAAUCCCAUCCCAAUCCCAAACCGAAAAUGAAGAAUCCGACGACGAAGAAGACGAUAGUUGCACCACCAGUGGCAGUAGUCAAACCGGCAGCACAGUCUACCAAAGGGAUGUCGAAUCCAACGAGACCCAGCCAGAUACCCAAACCGAACAGAUCCUUGAGGCUGCCACACAACUAUCCAACUAUCCCACAGUCGACACCCUAACUCCUGCCACCUCCUCCGAAGACAUUUUCUAUAGCCCUAUCGGUUCACCCACUUGCUUCAAUACUAGCCUAGGAACCCAGGCUCUUCUCAAAAGGGCCAGCAUCCAAUCCGUCCUGGCCCACUCCACCCCCACUUCGGAGCCGAAAGAUCAACCCACUGAAGUGGUGAAUACCUCAACUGCGCAAACACCAGAACCGGAGCCACCAAAAACCCAGAAAGAAGUGCAUCAGCAUCAGCAAAAUCAGCAGCAGCCACAGCGUCAGCGCAAUCAUUCCCACCAACGCUACCGUGGACGCAAUCGGCGCUAGACCCUGGAUAUAUCCAUGUCAUGUCGUUCGAUUUUCCUCCUAGCCAGCUAGCUUUUUCCUAUUUUUUUACAUUCCCAUAUUGUUAGUGAAUACUGCGAGUAAAUCUCUGAACUUAA